AUGAACUACCGUAUGGAGAUGCCAUAUAAGCUUCCUAUUCCUCGGUUACGACGCGAAAGACGGGAAAGCAGUGGGCGACGAACCAGCCAGGCUUGCGACUCUUGUCGACAACGAAAAAUCAAAUGUGAUGGCAACCGGCCUACCUGCUCUUUGUGUCAUGCCCAGGGCUUAGACAACUGUUUCUAUUCGGAUGCCAAAGCUGUUCGACAGCAAAGAGAGCUAGAAUUGAUGAAAAGAAAGAUUGAGAACUACGAGGAGAUGUUUCGAAAUAUUUUAGGAGAACUCGAGGUAUCUACCGCUGACCAAGUUGCGAAGGCGCUCAAAAGCCCGUGUGGUGCAUACUCGGAAGGGCAUCAGAACAGGCCGUCUAGUAUUUCGUCUUCGUCCUCGAUCGGCUCUUUGGACGCGAUUGAUGUUGUGAAGGAGGACCUCAAUCGGAGCGAAAAAAGCAGGGCGACUGGGCACAUGGGGAAGAAUUCUGAAGUUACGUGGAUGCAGCGCUUAGACUCAGAAGCUACGAAGCACAGUGACAGAGAAGCCCCUCCAAAUAUGAUACCUCGGCACCAGCUUCCAAUUGACGAUUCAAUCGCAUCAAUGAACUACAACCUCGAUUAUCAAACUAUCUCAAAUUUGAAUGUAACGAAUGCUUUCAUCUUGCCACCAAAAUUGCUAGCUGAUCAAUUAUUCCAAAUUUAUCUGACGAAGGUUGACAUUUCUUUCCCAUUCAUUCGACGGGACCUCUUUAUUGUUCAGUACGACCGCUGCUACUCCGGGGGCCUUAUAAAUCCCGGCAGAAAAUGGUUGGCCAUUUUCAAUAUGAUCUUCGCCAUCGGAUCAUGGAAAAUAAUUGGCAUUGCGGUUCGCUCGAGUAUCGCGCUAGGGCUCAAUCUUCAGCAAAAGACAGGUGAGCACGAUUUGAAAUCAGACGAGGCUCGCAAGCUACUGUGGUGGUCGAUUUUCCGCCUGGAGAAUGUUCUUUCUGUCAUGACCGGGAGAAUUUCCUGCCUCGGAAGUGCUUUCUGCUCCACGCCUCCGCCACUUCUCGGCCCUGUUCUGGAGUCCGGAGGACCGGACACCCACCCAUCAACCAACACACCCCAAUGGACCAUAGUGUUGGGAAAGAGGGAGUUGGCUUUCCAGAGAAACAUAUUACAGUCUCUAACUCCCAGCCUGCCCCUCUACCUUUUCUAUAUGGUAGACCUGUCUUUGAUCGCCCAUACCAUCACUAAUGAAGUAUAUGCGAUCGACAGUUCCCGGGGCGGCCGAGCGCGAGUGGAAAGCCGUAUAGAAUUUUAUAGCAAGAAGAUGGAUUACUGGAUAUCGACUUUACAUCCUUCGUUCAGUUUCGAAGACAAUCAAGGCAAUUUACAAUUGAGAAUCAGCUCGCCCUUUCAAAUUUCUCUCGCCUUGAAUUACUACAGCGCCCGCAUCAUGCUUAAUCGACCGUGCCUCAACAGCCAUGUAUUUGGAAAGAAAAGCAGCCCACAACCGUCUCGUUCCCGAUUUACCAAUACCACCGCCCUCAACUGUCUCCGUGCGUCCUUGGCUGUCAUGGCACUACUACCAGAUCAACCAGACCUGGUUUGGUGUUAUGAAGUCCUGCAGUGGUGGGAUCUAUUACAUAUCCUUACUCAGGCGACUGUAGUAUUACUUCUCCAUAUUUCAAUUGGUCCAAUACCGACGAGGUCAGGUGAAAAGGCGGUUUAUGUUGAAUCGUCAGACCUGGUUUGGACGAGGACUAAGAAAGGUCUUUCUUGGCUGCAUUGUCUGGGAAGGACUUCAGAGGCGGCUCGACGGGCAUUCCAGUUCUUCAGCAGCUGUAUUGGUCGCUUAGCUCCAGCGAAUGAUCUCGACCUGAGCGGCAUCCCUUCGACGUUUGGAUCAUUUCAAACCUCCCGCGAUCCGAACUUUCCAUGGCUUCGAGACUCUCCCGAAGAGAAUGCAAUGGCGCCUCAGCAAGAAGUGCAAGCCUUGAAUGAUCGGGAGUUUUCAAAGUGGAUAGAAUCACCCAAUUUGUCUAGGUAUGGCAAUAUCCACGACGACACACGAUCUCAGGACUCAGAAGAAAAUCUGUCUUCUUUGAGUAUAAUAUCAAGUACCUCAGCAGUGCUUGACGCUGACACAGACAUGUCGGAGCUCAUCUCAAAUUCUGAUACCAAUAUCGACGAUUUGCUGAUGUCCAUG